AUGACUACCUACCCUACGACACUGACCGAAGGCACAGUUGAUUCCUGUGCUCCUUCAGUUGCGUUCACUGUUCUGUUCAUCCUAUGUGGUAUGAUAACAGUCUUCUCCAAUAUCGUUAACCUCGUGGCUCUUGCUCGCACACAACAAUGCUUUAACGACAAUACCAGAUUGUGCUUUCAAGCAGUAGCAGUCGUAGACUUCUUUGUAGGUCUCUUCUGCUGCACUUUCCAUUCUAUCCGCUUUUCGGGGUUGUCCAUCUCCAGGACGAGGACGUUCUCCAUAAUUGGGGUCAUCGGAUGCUCAACGCUCUUUAAUCAAUCCAUCAUGAUCCUUGCUUGCGUUAGUAUAGAUCGGUAUCUUGCCGUGACACGACCGUUGCGGUAUCACGCAAUCGUCACGAAGCGACGAAUGAUCAUGCUGAUUGUCUUCGGGAUGUUCGUUGGUACCAUGAACUCGUCUGCAAGCCUAGCUCAUAAGAUUAUCGCAGGAUUCAGCGAUUUGAAAUUCGCAUCUGUAGACAUCGCCACAAAUCCCAUACUUGUCAUCUACUUCGCACUCAUUCUCACAUCAGCCGGGAUAACGACCUUCUGCAAUACUGUCCUCGUUAUUCUGGCGAGGAAGCACCGACGCCGCAUCGCCGCUACGUCCGGUACUAGCGAACGAAGUAAAGCAGGAGACACGGAAUCUGGCGGGCAUCAGCGUCGCGGGAACAAGGACAUCCGGACUAUCUUCGCUGUUACCGGCGCGUUCUACAUCACAUGGGGAGCGCAGGUAUCGGUGAAUUUCACAAGUGCUGCUUUAGGCAAAGAAAUGCCUUGCAUUGCAAGGAACAUUCUUCUCAUAUUCGUAAUCAGCAACAGUUUCUGGAACGCUCUUAUCUAUCUCCUAAUGAAUUCUUCAUUUCGCAGGAUCGUAUGGCGAAUGUUUACAAGAGACACAUUCAAUGAAAAUACUGUUCAUACCAUUAAUGCGUAA